AUGCCUUUCUGCAAAUUUCCAUGUGCAAAGGAAAUAAAGAUCAUUUUCGAAGUGAUUGCUGCCAUGAAAUCCGAGUUCUACCUUAAUUUUUCGGAGGAAGGGCUGGUCAUCGAUGGAAUGGACCUAACCGAGUCAGUUCUUGUUAAGGCACUAAUGAAAGAAGAUGGGUUUCUCCAGUUCGAGAAAGGACGAAUCGACACUACUGUCGCGGGAGUAAAUGCCAAAGCGAUGAACGUAUUUCUGAAAACAUUAUCGCGCGAUGAUUUUCUUGAAUUCGACUGCCAUGACUAUGGAGACAAAAUGAUCAUCACAACUGUUAACAAGUUUAACGUGAAAACCAAAUUCAAAAUGAACCUCUUGGACCUAAUCGAUUCGCACAGAGCCGUUCCAAAUAUCAAGUACAGAUGCUCUGUUAAACUCUCGUCCCAGCGCUUUCAAAACGAUAUACGAGGCUUAUUGAAUGUCAGCGAUAGCGUCAUCAUUACCGUGACACGAGACAAAAUAACCCUCGAAGCCGUUGGCGAAGAAUCAUCAGCUGACGUAGAAUUGCAAAAAAAAGACACGCGGGCGUCCGAUUACGAUAUGGUGAACAUAACGACCGAUGAGAGCUUCAAAGCGAAAUACUCUCUAAGCUUGCUGUACAAAAUCACGAAGGCAACGCCGCUGAGCUCAUGCAUUACACUAAAAUUCUGCAACAGAAUUCUGCCAAUGCUUGCAAUUUAUGAGAUGGAACGAAUCGGAAAUGUAUCCUUUCACGUUUCACCAAGACUAAAAUAA